GUCUGCCAACGACAUCUAUCAUCUUCACCAAGCUACUCAUUCACUCACUACACCUCUCAAGCUCAACUCAUCAAUAAUUAAAUCAGUCACCAUGAAGUUCGCCAUCUUCGCCACUCUUACCGCCCUCCUCGGCAGCGCUGCUGCUGCCAACCAGGCCAUUGUCAUCAACGACUGCUCUACCGACAUCUAUGUCCAGUCUUACCCCUACAACGGUGGUGCUCCCGGCCCCUUGACCACUGUCAAGCCCGGAAAGCGAUUCUCUGAGAACCUCCGCUCUACUGGCUCCACUGUCAAGAUUGCCAAGACCCGAACUCUGACCAGCCCCCUCUUCUUCGGCUACUCUUCUACCUCCAAGCCCGACUAUGUCUACUAUGAGUUCAGCACUGAGUGGGGAAACCCCUUCGCUAAGGAGCGCAACAUCCUCAGCCCCGGUGCUGGCUGUGAGAAGUUCGACUGUGCUCCCAAUGCUGCCAGCUGCUACAGCACUCCCAGCAUGAAGAAGGUCUACGGCUGCCCUAGCCCCGUUAAUGUCUAUGCCCGCGUCUGCGCCAAGUAAGCGAAUCUUGUAAUUUAAUUCCAUGUAUGAUCAGACAGGUCAUAUAUGUGCCACCCACGUGGGAAGCCUACCUUAGAUACAUAUAGCCUACCUACGUAUAAUAAGACAAAAAGUGGAAAAAAUGAGCUGCUUC